CCACACUGAAACUCUCUCGACAAAACGAAAUGAAACUCAGUCCUCUCAGACACACCCUAAAUCUCGGUCCGCUCUCAGUCUCAAUCCCGCUCUCACAAACCCUAAGUCUAUUUGGAUCUCAAUCUCAAUCUCAAUCCCGCAGCUCGGGAUUUCACUCUCUCUCGCCUCACCGACCUGUCACUCAAGCCCCGCCACCCACAAUCACCACCGCUCUCUCGGUCUGCAACGAAGCACGCCAUGUCUUCAGAGAGCUCUCCUCCUCUGAUUGCAGCUCAGCUCAAUCACCUCGCUCUUCACUUCCCUCUGCUCACUAAGGUUAGAACAAUCAGGACAUGGCUGACACCGGUGACAAGAAGCCUAAUGCCAAUGCCAAGGUGAAAGUCAAGCAUGGAGGUGGUGGGGGGAAGACGAAGGAGGUGAAGAAAGAAACCGGCCUCGGUUUGACCAAGAAGAAGGAUGAGAAUUUUGGGGAGUGGUAUUCGGAGGUUGUUGUUUUCGGUGAGAUGAUUGAAUACUAUGACAUAUCUGGUUGUUAUAUUUUGAGGCCAUGGACAAUGGCAAUAUGGGAGACCAUGCAAGCAUUCUUCGAUGCAGAAAUAAAGAAAAUGAAGAUUAAAAAUUGCUACUUUCCUUUGUUCGUCUCCCCUGCUGUUCUGGAAAAAGAGAAGGAUCAUAUAGAGGGUUUGAAACUUUGAAGGAUCAUAUAACGGGUUUGCUGAUGAGAAUGUGAUUGGUGAAGGGGACAAGCUGAGAAGGAGUUCAAGGUUGAAGUGGAAGCAAUUGGUCGUGUUCGCAUAAGAAUUUAGUGAGGUUGCUUGGCUACUGUGCUGAAGGUGCUCACAGAUAUACACCAGUUCGUUCAGAUUCAGUGGUUGGUGAACUGAGGUUGUCUGAGCCAACUGACAUUAUUCUUCCAGAGCUUCCGAGACUAGAGAUGCUUGCUCUCACUGGAAAAGCAAUCGAAGGUGAUGUUCUUACCGUUGUUGAAGUGAUCCCAGAGAGUUUGACUCAACAGCUUGUUUGGCACAAGUACAAGCAAGAUGUCAGAUAUCAAUGGUUCUUUUCUUCAGCAGUGGGAGAUAAUAAGACCUUUGAACCAUUACCUGCUCAGCGUUCUUGCUCCUACAAGAUGCGAUUAGAGGACGUCGGGCGCUGUCUAAAAUGUGAGUGCAUUGUGACUGAUGUGUUUGGAAGGUCAGCUGAGCCUGCAUAUGCUGAAACUGGACCAAUACUACCAGGAAUUCCUAGAAUUGAUAAGCUGGAGAUCGAAGGGAGGGGUUUCCACACCAACUUAUAUGCUGUACGUGGCAUUUAUAGUGGAGGGAAGGAAGGCAAAAGUAGAAUACAGUGGCUCAGAUCAAUGGUUGGGAGUCCUGAUCUUAUCUCUAUACCCGGGGAGGUAGGGAGAAUGUAUGAAUCCAAUGUGGAUGAUGUAGGAUAUAGGCUUGUAGCCAUUUACACUCCUGUAAGAGAGGAUGGAGUGGAGGGGUCACCUGUUUCAGCAUCGACAAAGCCGAUUGCAGUCGAGCCUGAUGUUCUUAAAGAAGUGAAGCAGAAGCUUGAUCUCGGAUCAGUGAAAUUUGAGGCAUUGUGUGACAAGGAUCAAUCUACAAAAAAGACUACUGCAGUAGGAACUCUUGAGAGAAGAGCCCUUGAAGUCAAUAGAAAAAGAGUGAAGGUUAUAAAGCCUGGUUCCAAGACUUCUUUCCCGACUACUGAAAUUCGUGGAAACUAUGCACCUCCGUUUCAUGUGGAGCUGUUCCAAAAUGACCAGCAUCGUCUGAGAAUUGUAGUCGACAGUGAGAGUGAAGUAGACCUGAUGGUGCAGUCCAGGCACCUUAGAGAUGUUAUUAUGCUUGUGAUCAGAGGCUUUGCUCAGAGAUUCAAUAGUACAUCACUCAAUACUCUUCUCAAGAUAGAACAUAAUAUGUAAGGAACCUGUAUCAAUUUGUUCAUAUAUGUCAGUCUCCAUGUUUUUGAGUGAGCCAGUAAUCAGUCCCCACCCCGUAUUUAUCUAUCCCCUAUUUCCUUUAUCUUUCUGUGUAUGUAACCAAAAAAGAAAAAGAAAGAGCAGUUGAGGCAUUGCAGUGUCAGAGUGAUUGUACAUCAUUAUUGUAUCAAUGAGAAUAUCAUUAGUUGUGAUUGUGUAUC